AAUGGAAACAUCUCUUAAUUUGUAUAAAUUCUGCAAAUUAGACUGUGAAAGACCAACAUUUAAGAAAUACUUUAUUAUUAUAGGAAUUACAAUGUUCUUUAAUGUAUGCUUUUUAAUGAGUAUACUCUUAUCUCCUAAAUCGGAUCACGAAAAUCAAAGGCCUGCUACAUCCGAUAACUUACAGAUAGGCCCCCAAAACCACUUGGAAAUUCUUAAUACAAUAUCACAAAAUAUAAGGUACAUGAAUUCCUCGCAAUUAUCGGAUUCUAGAUCUCCUCCUUCGUAUUCGCUAUCGAAUGGAGAUGGAAAUCCUCCAUUAUUUGGACAACACGAUGAUUUACUACCCCCGUCUUACGAGUCAAUUAUGAAUAUUACGGGGGUAAACUCUCAAAAUAAUAACACUGUUGAGACAUUUAUUAGUGAAAAAUGA